CCUCGCCAACCGCGGCUGGCCCAGUUGCGCAGACGCGGCCGCCGAGCUAUCCCGCCGUGCACCGCGCUCCUUCCCUCGUCCGGCGGGCCGCGAGUUUCACUCAGCCGAGCGCGGAAAUCGUUUGGACGGGCCACGAUGGCGGACGUGCUGGACCUCCAUGAGGCGGGCGGCGAGGACUUCGCCAUGGACGAGGACGGGGACGAAAGCAUCCACAAGCUGAAGGAGAAAGCGAAGAAGAGAAAAGGCAGAGGGUUUGGAUCAGAGGAGGGUUCCAGAGCCCGAGUUCGUGAGGACUAUGACAGUGUGGAGCAAGAUGGAGAUGAGCCAGGUCCCCAGAGGUCGGUGGAAGGCUGGAUUCUCUUUGUCACGGGUGUUCACGAGGAGGCCACAGAAGAGGACAUUCAUGACAAGUUUGCAGAGUUCGGGGAAAUCAAGAACCUCCACUUGAAUCUUGAUCGGCGGACGGGCUACCUGAAGGGUUACACGCUGGUGGAAUAUGAAACGUACAAAGAAGCCCAGGCAGCAAUGGAGGGCCUGAACGGGCAAGAUCUCAUGGGGCAGCCGAUCAGUGUGGAUUGGUGUUUUGUUAGGGGACCUCCGAAAGGAAAGCGAAGGGGCGGCCGCAGAAGGAGCCGGAGUCCUGACAGGAGGAGGCGUUGAAGGGGGUCCCCUUUUUACCAUUCUCAUAAUGUAAAUCCUGGUGUGCUCAGAUGGCGAUACCCUUUGUACCAGCAGACCAGUGAAACUCUCCCUCCCCCUCCUUUUCCUGGUUAAUUUUGUAUUUGCCCAAUUGGGUUGACAGGUUUAAUUUUAGCAAUCUCUGUACAAAUGUCUCGAAUUUCUUUAGGUUUUCUGUUAUUGGCGUCCUUUGACACACCCUCCUCUGUCUCAGUAGAAGUCAUUCUGCUGUUUAGUCUGACUGAAAGAAUGUUCAGAAUAAAGACUAUGGACUUUUUAAAACAACAAACAA